GGCCCACCUGCCAGGAGCCGCUGAGUGAAAAGGAGAACAAGGGAGUAGCCGAGAAAGGGGACAAGCAGCAGUCAAGCAGCGGAAGGCGAGAGGGUCGGGGCGCGACGAGGCCACCAUGAGCACUCUCAAGUUCUGCCGCGAAUGCAACAACAUGCUGUACCCGCGGGAGGACAAGGAGACGCGCACCCUCCUCUACGCGUGCCAAUCUUGCGAGCAUGAGGAGAUUGCCACUGAUACUUGUGUGUACAAAAGGGUUAUCCGUAAGCCUGUUGGUGAACCCAAAGAUGUCCUGAAGGAUGCAGCAACUGAUCCUAGUCUUCCUCGCACCAGAAGUGUUAGAUGCUAUAACUGCAACCAUCCAGAAGCUGCUUUUUUUCAGGCCCCAACUUCGGGAGAGCAAGCCAUGACACUGUACUUCAUCUGCUGCAACCCAAGCUGCGGCCACAGGUGGAGGGACUGAGAAGGGUCUGGGUCUGCUAAAGCAGGUCAUAGAAGGAUCACUCCAGAAAGCGUAGUAGUUCUUGGCAUGAGCCUUCAGUCCUUCAGAAGCAGUCUGUGACUGGAUCAGUCCUUCGGAAGCUGUCUGUGACUGACCUUGAUCCUUCAAAAGCGUAGUAGUACUUUGCUACAAACCUGCCGUAUUGCUAGCCUAUCACAUAAAUAUUGUAGGUACAUGUUGUGUCUUCAACUGACGUUUGUUGGAAGCUUAUAAGAUGUAACUUCAUAACAAAACAAUUGUUAGGCUGGACACAAAUUUUACAGUCGAGCUCCGCUAUGAACCAGAAACAGCUAGGGACUGCAGUCGUUAGCCAGCAGCUGCGGCAAAUACAGUAACCUGCACGCAGCAGGACCGUUGCUUA